AAGCACUUUACCUGUAUUAACUAACAACACCAACAGCCCUGACAGACCCAACCUUCACCACCACCACCACCUCCUUUAAGUGUGGACCGCAGGAAAGCUUAAGGAGCCUGAACCAAAAGUUAACACAGCCAAGAAGUAAGGAGACUUGGUCAGGGUGGAGAAUGCCACGGUGGACAACGUGGACAGUUUCCCGUGGUUUCCCCAUGGGUCACAUGGAAGCUCUCAGAUGCCCACCGACCCUCACCAGCUCUCCUCCAAUAUUUUGCCUUUGCUGCCUUAAAUCACACUGUUGAAAACCAAGGGAUAACAGAGUGUCUCCAUUUUAUACAGGGGAAACUCUACUUCUGAGGAUGCCCUUCCAAAUAUGAUGUAUCCAAGAAAUGGACAAAGAAUCCAAAGGUGGAAUAUCAAACAAGCUAGUUUUGAAAGUACUCUUUAGUCCCAGCACAUGGGUUGCAGGGGCAGGCAGAUCGGGGUCUACAUAGUGAGUCCCGGCACAGCCAAGGCUACAUAGAAAGACACCCCCGACCCCCAUGCCACACCUCUAAACAAAAGGGACCUCUAAAGCCACAGAAAUGAGGUGCAUCCACUGUGUGCAAGAUAUCCCCAUAGAUAUGUCCCAAGUGAAGUGUGAAAGGCACAGAGACCAUCAACAGUCCAGAGAGCAGGAGGCCCCAGGCCUUCCCACCAAGGGUUUGCUGCUGCUGCUGCGACACUGCUCUCUGAGCUGCCUCAGGUAGUUUUCUUAUGUUUAUUGCCCCCCACUUGAGAUGCCAGGACUAAAAGCAGAGAUGGGUUACAUAAUAACCGAGCAAGCCUGGACUUCUAUAGUAAGACUCCAUCUCAUAAAAGAAACAAAGACACUAAAGAGCCUGCCUCGACUCUGCUGUCUUCCGAAGCUGUUCCUUUAAAAAACGCCAGACUGCCAGGCUCCGAUCCCCCUGCACCCUCUCUCCUGUUCCCACUACAAUCAUUCUCCAUUGUCAGGUUUCUCUACCAAAGUUCUAAGCUUUUUGGGAGAAUGGCCAGUCUUGUAAUUGCCUUUAUUUUCCUGAAACCUGGCAGAACAGCAACAGAGCAGUCUCUCACUUAGAUGAAGAUCAAACAGCAAAAGCUCACUGUGAGUCAGGGAUGAGUACAUAGGUCUUAGGUAGCUUGAGCUAGCCUCGACUCAUGCAACAGACGAGGAUGACCUUAAAGUUCUGAGUCUCUUUUUUUGAAGCUACAGCAUGUGCCGCCACACCCGGUGUGUACAGUGCUGGGGAUGGAACCCAGGACUCCCUGUAUCCUAGGCAAACACUAUACUCACCUAGCUACCUCUCAGCUGGUCCCCAUUUACCGCAUCAUAAGUCUGCGGCCAUUUAAAGAUACCAUCUGGGAGCUGGAGAGAUGACUCAGUGGUUAAGAGCCCUUAGUACUUUUGCAAAGAACCAGUUUGAUUGAUUCCUCACAGUGGAUUACAACCUUCUUAAAUUUUAGUUCCAGGGGAUCCGGCGCCCUCUUCUGGCCUCCUCGGGAACAAACAUUCAGACUAGUGUGCAUGUGUGCAUCAUGUCACAGGGCACCUGCGGAGUGGAGGUGGCUUUUUCCUUCUGGAGGAAGGAUAUCUCUGGGAUAUCUGGGAGAGAGAACUCAAGUGUCUUUAUUCACUGAUCCAUCUUGUUGGCCUUUCUUUUUUAUACUUUUAACUUUUGAGACAGGGUCUGUGUGUCACUGACUGGCCAGGGCCUUGGUUUGUAGACCAGGCUAUCCCGGAACCCGGGUGCCUCUGCCUUCUGAAUAUUGGGAUUAAGGGUGUGUGCCACCGUACCCAUCUCUCUUUCUUCUAAAAGCUCCCAUUUGUUCAUUAAUUAUUGACUUUUUUAUUUUUAUUUUUCAAGACAGGGUUUCUCUGUGUAUCAGCCCUGACUGUCCUGGAACUUUCUCUGUAGACCAGGCUGGUCUUGAACUCAGAGAUCUGCCUGCCUCUACCUCACUAGAGCUGGGAUUAAAGGCACGUGUCACCAUGACCCAUCUUAAUUUUUGCCAUUUCUAUUGAUUUAUUUGUAUGUGUACAUAUGUGUAUAUGAGUGUGGUGGUAUUAUAUGCUUUAGUGUCCACCUGGGGGCAGAGGAGAAUGUCCGGGUCUGUCUUUAUCACUGACCGCUGUGGUACUUCUUUGAGGUGGGUUUCUUCCUGAUCCUGAUGAUGACAGAGACACACACCCAACAAGCAACACACUUAACAUCCUGUAUAAAAUAUGUAUUUAUUGAAACAGGGUUUCACUAUAUAGCCUGGGCUAGCCUGGAAUUCACUAGGUAGACCAGGCUGGCCUUGGAAUGCUGAGACCCUCCUGCCUUUGCUUCCCUAGUGUGGUGGGAUUAAAAGAACGCACCGACUAUAGUGGCGCACACCUGGGGUUCCAGCUCUGGGGCCAUGGAAACAAAAGGUUCAGCUUGGCUAUAUAGGGUAUGAUGUUAACCUCACAUUUGUCCUCUGGGUCAGAGCUAGGAUCAACUUGAGACCUCUAUGCAUACCUGGGGUGGGGUGGGGAUUAUCUUGACUAGGUUGAUGUGGAAGACCAGGGGCAGUCAGUUCCUGGGUUGAGGUCAUGGAGUGUAUACAAAGGAGAAAGUGGUCCUAUAGCGGUGACGCACACCUUUGACACCAGCAUUGGGAUCUUCAAGUUCAAGGCCAGCCUGGUCUAUAGGACCAGGGAUACUUUGAGAAACCCUGUCUUGGGGUGGGCUUGGGGUGGGGUGGUUAGCUGAAAACAAGUAGUUGUCACUGUCUCCUCUCCUGCCUGGCAGUACCUCAGGCUCCUGCUCCGGACUUCCUUUCCAGAACAGACUGUAACUGAGCCAAAAUAAAUGAUAUUUGCUUAUGUUGUAUAGAGGGCACAAAUGCUCACUGAUAAGCACUAGAGAAACCAGGGAUGUCAAUCACACCAGGUUGUCUCCUCAGUGGAAGAGAUGGAUGCCUGUUUUCCACUCAGAUGGCUUGGCAUAGAUGUUGUUCAUGACCUUUGCUCUCUGUAGGGCCAGACCUCACCCAAAUCUCCGGAAUGUUUAUCCAACUCUCUCUCCCUACACCUUUAGCUUUAGCUUCCUCGGACAAUAGAACCCAUCUGUCUAGUUAGGGUUUCCAUUACUGUGAAGAGACAUCAUGGCCAAGGCAACUCUUUUUCCUUUUUUACAUUUUUUUUUUUUUUUUAUGAAUGAGAGUACACUGUUGUUCUCAGAUGCACCAGAAGAGGGCAUUGGAUCCCACUUCAGAUGGUUGUGAGCUACCAUGUGUUUGCUGGGAUUUGAACUCAGGACCUCUGGAAGAGCAGCCAGUGCUCUUAACCACUGAACCAUCUCUCCAGCCCCCUAGGCAACUCUUACAAAGGGCAUUUAAUUAGGUCUGGCUUACUGGUUCUUAGGUGCCAUCCAUUAUCAUCAUGGCAGACAUGGCUCUGGAAGAGCUGAGAGUUCUCCAUCUUGAUCCAAAGGCUGCCAGAGGAUGCAUUGGGCAUUGGGAGCUCUCAAAGCCGGCCUACAGAGUGACCUAUACCAUACACCUUAUAGUUUAUUUGAGACAAGGUCUCACUAUGCAGCCCUAACUGGCCUUCAUUUACUGUAUAGACCAAGCCAGUCUCAAACUCAUAGAGAUCCUCCUGCCUCUGCCUCCCAGGUGCUGGGUUGAAAGGCGUGUACCACUAUGCCUGGCCCCAGUUUCUAUGAUUUCUUAAGCAUGCAGCUAUAUGGAAAUAAAUGCAUCAAUAUGCCAUAAAGUCGGGGUGGCAUUGUCAAGAGACGAAUCGUCUGCCUUAGGUCUCAUUAGCUUUGAAGUUCUGUAUGGAUGAGCCAGUCAGUAUUUCAUGUUCUGUCCUUGCACCUACAAUAAACUGUCCAUUCCCCGUUUAUGACCUUUAGUUGCCAGACAGUGGUUUCACAACUCACUUAGACAUAAUGCUUUCCCUGACUGUAGAUCUGUUCCAAGCCUGCUUUCUUUUCCUAGUGCAAUCACCCAGGACACAUGAAGGUUUACAGAGCUCUAUCUGCAGCUUGUAUUCUAUAGAGGAGUGCGAUUACUUAUUUCAAUUUAGGAAUUCUAUAAAAUCAUGAUCAGGAAUUAUGAAAUCAUCAAUUCGGGUCUGCACAGCAUUACCACAUGUUCAUAUCGAUCCUGAUCAAUAGUGUGGGCUGAUGCCCAGGAAUCACUGGGCUAUGUAACAGCGACAGGAAAGGCAUCUCAGCAGCAAGAAGCAAUCCUGGGCUGAAGUCUCUGAGGACCCUGCAUCUCAGAGAGCACCCAUUGCAGGCCAUGAAAAACCGUGGGCCAUCUCCAGGAAACUCACUUGCUUCUGACACACAGGCACAAGCAUAAGCAAAACGCUCACACACUGAAGCAGAUCCAGUUCCACAUAGGGAAAUAGAGAUUUUUCUUUAAUAAACUCCCAGGCGAUGCCUGUCACUUCAUCUCCUUGCAUCUUUACUAUGGAAAGCCGUGGGCAUUCUCACUUUAAAAGCCUCGAAUCAGUGAAUAGAUUCCCAGUGUCUAUAAGGCCUCUCAAUUGUUCUGACUCCGACAACUAGAGUUUCAGUUCUUCUCCAGGUCAACUCAUCUGUGUGCGUACACAUUGUUCCAGCCCGAACCCAGCCGGCUCAGCAUUGGCCACCACCUCUGCAGCUGUAUAUUUCCUGUUUGUUUUUUUUUUUCCAUUUUUUAUUAGGUAUUUCGCUCAUUUACAUUUGCAAUGCUAUACCAAAAGUCCCCCAUAGCCACCCACCCCCUCUCCCCUACCCACCCACUCCCCUUUUAUGGCCCUGGCGUUCCCCUGUACUGGGGCAUAUAAAGUUUGCGUGUCCAAUGGGCCUCUCUUUCCAGUGAUGGCCGACUAGGCCAUCUUUUGAUGCAUAUGCAGCUAGAGUCAAGAGCUCCGGUCCUGUUUGUUUUUAAAUGUUUAUCUUUGUGCAUGUAUGUGAGCAUUCGUGUGUGGUUCGUCCGAGUGGAUGUAUAAUGAAUGCCACACGUCAGUCAGAAGACAACCUGAGAUGUCUGUCCUGUCUGCCACUUUGGGAAAGGGUCUUUUCUCAGUCUCUUUUCCCUGCAGGGCGUUCCAGACAAGCUGGCCUCCGAGAUUCUGGACAUUUUCCUAUUUCUACCUCUCACCUUCCCCACUGCAGUGCUGGGAUUAUAAAUGUACGCACUGUGGGCUGGACAGAGAGAGACAGACAGAGACUGAGCUUGUGUGCACACACACUCGUUACCUGUAUGUCAGUGGAAGGGGAAUGGAAGAAGAAAUACUCAGCAGCUAUGUGAGGAAAUGAAUCCGUAGAAUCCGUAUCACAUUUUUUCUUUUUGUAGUUUGUGUACAUGUUUGCGCAUGCCUGGUGUUGGAUAUGCACAUAUCUUUUUUUUUUUUUUUUGGACAGGGUCCCCUCUAACCCUGUAACUUGCUAACUUGGCUAGACUGGCUGGCUAGCAAGUGCCAGGGCUCCUCCUGCCUGGGUCUCAGCUCUAAAGAAGCUCCGGGUUCCCCUGCACAGAGGCCAGGACGUGGGUGUGUUGGGGGUGGGGUGGGGAGGCGGUCAUAGGCACAGACCACCGUGCCCAGCUUUUGGCGUUAGAGUCAGGGAUUGAACUCAGGUCCUUAAGCUUACUCAGCACUUUACCCAGGACGACCUCCCCCCCCCCGCCCCCCCCCCCACACCCUGGACUACACAAAAUGCCCUCCCUUUAGUUUGUUCUCCCAGGCAGUGCCUUUCCAUUUCUGUUAGAAAACCGUCUGUGACUGCGCUCGUGUCUCCUGGGAGUUCUAUUAGCGAGCCGGAGACACCGUAGUUGAGGGACUUAGAAGCUACCUGAGAACCGAGAGAACCCAUCUUUUGGUCAUUUUCUAUCCUACCUACCUACCUCCUCUUGCAGAGAACAGCUUUGCAACUGUUCAAACCACCAGCCCUCCAAACACGGAGAUGUUCUACAGACGUGGGAGCUUUUGCAAACAUGCAAACAUUUCAUCCUUCGAUCUUCACAGAAUUCUGCAACACAGGUACAACCCACAUGAAGUUCACCGAAGUGACCUGUCCAAGGUCCCCCACACUAAACCUGACUGCAGACGCAUGGCUUCAGCGUGCUUCACGUCCGUUAAAAUGCCUAUGGACACAAGAGGGCCGUCGACUCUCGCGGACAGCUGGACGCCUAGAAACCCUUCCGAGUUUCAAGUAGUCAUUUCUCCAAAAAAUAUCCACCGCGCACCUACUCCGUGACAAGGGCGCGUGAGGACCAGAAAGCGAGGGUUGGAAAGGGGUUCUACACCUGCCGCCAGAUUGAUGGAGGGCGGAGCCCUGCCGGCCGCCGCCACUAGAGGGCGCAGCGCCACCCCGCGCCGCCGCCAUCGGGGCCACGACCCCGGGCUCCCACAGAGGUCAAGGGCAGCGCCCGCGGCCCCGAGCCCCCAGGGACCGACGAGGGCACUGGGUUCCUCAAGGAGACGCCGUCCUCGGCUCACGAUAGCGACCUCAGGCUGGGCCGGCGCUCGCUCCCUCGGGGAGGCUCGCUUCCGGUCCUGCGCGCGGAAGCGUCGCCGCGUCCAAUCCGGGUCCCCGCCCGGGCUCGCCCGGGGGGCGCGGGGCGGCUCGCAGCCGCCUGUCGGCGUGGAGGGGCGGCGCGUGCGUGCUGCGGGGCGCACUCUGACCCGGAGACGACCUCUCUCCGCGCUCCCUCCCCUGCUGUGAAGAUGGCGCUGUCCAGGGUGUGCUGGGCUCGGGCUGCUCUGUGGGGUUCGACUGUCGCCCCUGGACCCUUUGUCACCCGGAGGCUGCAGCUGGGCCGCUCUGGCCCUGCGUGGCGAGCCCCUCGGUGAGGGCCCUGGAGAAAGAAGAGCAUUUUUGAUGUAGAAGCCCUUCCAGCGGCUCAGCCUCCGCCUCUCGGGAUCCCCUGCCUUGGGCCCUGGGUUUUGCUUUUCCAUGCAGGAUUCCCACCGAACGCCCGUCCCUGUCCCUCUCCGUACUCCGUGUCCACCCGAUUGUCCCCGCACAUCCUGAGCUCAUCUUUCAGCUUCCCCUUCCCAUCUCUCCAUGGCUUCAGCUUGCAUUCUCCUGGCCCCGCAGGCUUUGCGCACGCUCCACGCUCACACCUUUCUGCAUGAUCUGCCCCUCUCAUACCAACCCUAACCCUGAGCUUGGGUUUUCAGAAGAGUUCUGGCAAUCGCUCUCAGAAACCGUAUGUUUACCGAGGGGUCCUACGUACCGAAUGGCUUCUACUCCUUCGCAGAUAGUCUCUUUGGUCUUCGUUGUAGGUCUUCAAAGCUUCACCUUUCUCCGAAGGCGGACGUGAAGAACUUGAUUUCUUACGUGGUGACCAAGACAAGAGCGAUUAACGGAUCGUACCAUCGUUUCUUGGGGCGUCAUUUCCCCCGCUUCUAUGCCUUAUACACAACCUUCAUGAAAGUUCCGACGAGAUAUCACCAAGUGUCUCUUCGUUGGCCUCAUCUCCAUUCCACCCUUUGCCAACUACCUGGUCUUUUUGCUAAUGUACCUGUUUCCUAGGCAACUGCUAGUCAAGCAUUUCUGGACCCCCAAACAACAAAUUGAUUUCUUGGACGUUUAUCAUGGUCUCCGGAGGCGGUCCCACUCGGAAGUCAUCACACAUCUAAGAAGGGCCAGCACUUUUGUUUCUCAUGAGAAACUCCGGAGGCAGCUGACAGACCUGUGCACCAAGGUGCAGAGUGGCACCCACCCAGCAGCACAGGACGUCCUGGCUCUCAGAGAUUGCUUCUCUACCUACCCCUUGGGCUUCAGCCAGCUCCAAGCCUCGCAGAUGAGAGCCUUGAGCCAGGCCAUGCUCCUCACACCUUACCUGCCCCCGCCCUUGCUGAGGCAGCGGCUAAAGAGUCACACCACCGUGAUCCACCAGCUGGACAGGGCUCUGGCAAAGCUGGGGAUUGGCCAGCUGACUGCACAGGAAGUGAAAUCGGCUUGCUAUCUUCGUGGCUUGAACUCUACCCACAUUGCUGACGACAGGUGUCGAGCCUGGCUGGGGGAAUGGUUGCACAUCUCCUGUAGCCUGAAAGAACCCGAGCUGUCCCUCUUGCUGCACAACGUGGUCCUGCUCUCCACCAACUACCUUGAGACAAGGCGCUGAGUGAACCCCACGGAAAGGACGGCAUUGUCCUGCAGUCACCUAGUGUAGUGGUGUGGGACCAAGAAGCACCUGUCAGCUGUCUGUGCGCACCACUAGUGUGGGAGGCAGCGGAGUGGGUUCCACGGGCUUCAGAGCACGCUACCCCCCUGGGAGCUAUAGACAUUCCUUCACAGCUUGAGCCUAACAAACCCAUGUGUGCUAACCUGGAACUGGCAAGCAUCUCUGGUACUGAACUUUUAUUGUGAUGUAAUACUUAGGUCCUAUAAAGUCAGCCUUUGCCCAGGUGGGAAUCAUGUGGCCUAAAAUUGAGCACUGCCAUGGUUUUGUUUUUAAGGUGUUUUUUGUGUGUUCCUUUUUGAGAUGAGUCUCUGUUGCCCAGGCUGGCCUCCAAUCCCUGUGCUCAAGGGAUCCUCUCUCUCCAGACUCGGGUGCUGCGGCUGCACUGGCCUCACUGCCACGUUCUCUACAGCCGAGCCUUGUUUUCCUGAGACCCCGUGUCUCAUGUAGCCGAAGAGGACCUUGAGAUCUGGUCUUCCUACCCCCAGCUCCCAGGCGCUGGAACACCGGCAAGGAGCCCACGAAGCUCUGGGGUGUUGUCUUGGCUGAGUGCUUUUUACCGAGUCUUUGUGCACUAGCGGAUCUCUGGUACCAAGAACAGUGCAGCUUACUCUGGGGUGAGGGCACCCAUGCCUGGCCCUGCGCCAACACCCCGGCAGUGGUUUUUCUUAUGCCCCCUCCCUUUUCCUUUUAUGGCCUUUUUGAGAGUCUUACUGUAUAACCUGGCAAUCCUGACAGACAAUUCUGCCACAGCCUCCUGGAGCGAGAAUAUAAGCAUGAGCCACACCCAUCCUUUCUGGUGAGACCAAAAGUAGGGCUGUUUCUCCUCGUCACUAUCAUGGGCUAACUUCCACCCCUCCUCUCAGUAUUCUAUGGACACUUUUUUUUUUUUAAUAGUAAUUUAUGGGAACAUUCUAAAGGAGGCGGUGAGAAAGAAUGGCUGCCUGGCCCCUCCCUGCGUUUGUCCCCAGUGUCUUACUUUCCAGGCUGUCACACAGCCCCUAGGGACCUUACAUGUUUGCUACCUCCACUGUGUUGCACUAAGCCAUCUGUAACCAGCAGUGGCUGCCUUCUCUAGGCUGUGGGUCAAAAACGCACAAGGUACUAAUUACUGCCCAGCCCUGGGAGACCAGGAGAUUUGCAAUAGAUAGUGAGUUGGGCUUAACUGUCGUGUGUACAUCUAUGCCCUGUCGUUUUGUAAUAACUUACUGUAAAUGCAUGAAGCACUGGUUUAAGCCUAAGUAAAGACUGCCUGAAACCAG